AUGUCUGCCUCGCCCUCCGCCUCUAACCCUUCCCUCACCACCUCCGCCUACAUGGUCUCCUCCCGCGACCGAUCCUACUCCUCCGCCUCCGACGACGACAUCGCCUCUCUCCCCUCCGAAAGUACCUCCGUCUCCGACCUCGAUACCCUCUCAGAUUACUCCGACGCGGAGGAGGAAUGGCGCGAAAGUCUGGAGCAGUUAGAGAUGCUCCUGACUAUGGUGUUCGUUCCGUUCGUGGGGAAAUAUCUGGGCCGGAAAUGCGCUUACUGGAGUUGGACGAGAUUCAUGGAAUGGAAGUACCCCGUUGAGGUGGUCGUAAGCAACAAGGCUGCCUUCAAGGGAGCCGGGGCUGUGGGGGCUCUCUCCCCUCUAUAA